AUGGAAGCUUUCCAGCCAGGACCUCCGGCCUUCAAACAAGGCAUGAUUUCACUAUCAAGACGUCGGACAUUCAUAAAACGACUAGUAAAAGUGGACAUCCCAGUACCAAUAGUAGAUCAAAAAGAGGUGGCGUUUUGCUAUUUCACUCAAAUAGCUUCAAUUGAUAAACGGGGAUACCACCUAAAGCACCAGAAGAGCAAUAACUUUUUAGCCUGGUUAGGUAUGCGGGCUAAUGAUUCAUCUGUUACCGCCGUAGCGUCUGGAGUCAGUGCCUCGACUGGCGUCAGUGCAUCAACUGGAAUCAGUGCCUCGACUGGAAUCAGUGCCUCGACUGGAGUCAGUGCCUCGACAAAAUAUACAACUCUAAAUAGGUUUUUAGUAGUGAGUUUAUGA